AUGUCCACGGGGUACGACUCGGAGAACGUUCAUCGCGACAACGGCGACCCCCUCGAGGAGGUGCGUGACUCAGAAUCACACAGUGUUGAGGAGGAUCACGACGCCAACAUCAACGCCGUGGAGGAGCAGGAGCAGGAGCAGAACCAUGAGGAGGAUCACGAGUCCUCCCACAACGGCAGGCGCAACGAAGAUGACGAACAACACGAUGAGCACGACGUGGCCGCCGCCGAGAACGAACGCAUCUUCGAGCUGCACCAGAAGCGGCUGCAGAAUCAGCAGCAUCACUUCUACCAGCGCCCGCAGCGCUCCAUCAGCUACAUCAACCGCACGCAGGAUACGGGGCGCUCAAGCGUUUGCCCCACCGAUGCCGCUUCACACCUGCGCUACCGCAGCAUCAUCUCCUCCGCGCGCUUCUCCGUCGUGCGACGCAGCCCCGGCUCUGCCAUGUGCGACCGCAUGAGCAUCGCGCUGACGGAGGGCGAGCGCAUCGCGAUGGAUCAAAUGAUGGAGCGCGAGGAGCGGCGGCAAGGGGCNGCCAUGUGCGACCGCAUGAGCAUCGCGCUGACGGAGGGCGAGCGCAUCGCGAUGGAUCAAAUGAUGGAGCGCGAGGAGCGGCGGCAGGCGGCACUAAUGCGCGUCGCCGAGGAGGACGAGCGGCGCGACAAGCUGCUCGUCGAGCAGGAGCUCGCAAAGGAGGCCGCCACGCUCGACCGCAUCGUGCACCUCGAGGAGAAGAAGGUCCUCGGCGUGAAGGAGCGUCAGGAGAGGCGCAUCGCGCGCAUGGAGCAGGCGCGGCUCCGUCGUGAGGCGAUGGAGCGUGAGCGGGAGGCGCGACUGGAGUCGACCCGGCAGCGGCGCGAGGAGCGGAUCGUCCACAGAGACCCGUACUCAAUGUUUAGCGCCAAGGCAAAGUACAAGACGCCCGGCGCCGUCUCCGACUUCUAA